AUGCCCCUGUUGUCGCCGACACGAAUACUAAGAGCCGCUGCACAGAACGCCUCCGGUAUCAAAUGGUCCGAGACUCUUGCGCUCCCACGCUCAGCCUUCCCAGCGCGACCAACCGCGGAACAGCUCGAGCAGUACCGAAAACGAUGCGCCGAUGAUCUAUAUGCCUGGCAACGAGCCAAGAGGCCGGCUCAUGUGGACAGAGGACAGUCUAACAAGGUGAACAACGAGUUCAUCCUCCACGAUGGCCCGCCUUACGCCAACGGGCCGGUGCAUGUUGGGCAUGCGCUGAACAAGGUCCUCAAAGACCUGGUUCUGAGAUGGCAGCUGGCGAAAGGCAAGCGGGUACACUACCGGCCUGGCUGGGAUUGCCAUGGCCUACCGAUUGAGCUCAAGGCUCUGCAAGCGCAGAAGACGCAGACAGAGCAAGCGAGUGUGCUGAAAGAUGCGCCGAAGCAGGAGGAGGCAGCCGUAGCUACUGGCGCCGACAUGAGUGCAUCAGGCAUCAGGAGCGUGGCCAGGAAGCUAGCGAGCGAGACGAUUGAGAAGCAAAGGGCCAGCUUUCGAGGAUGGGGUGUGAUGGGCGAGUGGGAUACACCAUACAAGACCAUGGACCUGGACUUUGAGGUCGAGCAGUUGAACGUCUUCAAAGAGAUGGUCCGCAGAGGUCUUGUCUCUCGCGAUCACAGACCGGUCUACUGGUCACCUUCAUCACGCACUGCGCUUGCUGAAGCCGAGCUGGAGUAUGAUGACAACCACAAGUGCACCGCAGCUUUUGUCAAAAUGCCAUUUACAAGCUUUCCUACGGUACUAGAGCAGCAUCCCGAGCUAGAACAGAAAGACCGCGAUGACUUUACCCUCAGUGCUUUGAUCUGGACCACCACGCCAUGGACAUUGCCUGCGAACCAGGCUAUUGCCGUCAAUGCAGAGCUGCUUUACUCCGUCGUCGCCUUCUUUCUUCCCGGUGAAAAGGAGAAUACGCAUGAUUUGCUUCUCAUAGCGCAAGAUCGGGUCGAACACGUAUUAACAUUCCUGCCCGAGGGCACUACUGCUAAGGUGGUGGUUGGAAACCUACUAGGCAAGGAGCUUCACGACGCGAGAGCAUCUCUGUACAAUCCUUUCCAACGCACCGAGUCGGAAAUUCUCGAAGCAAGCUUCGUGACGUCCAGCUCCGGCACCGGAAUUGUCCACAUGGCGCCUGGUCAUGGCAUGGAAGACUACCAAGCUUGGCAAAAGGAGUACGAUGGAGGCGUUCUGGCACCGGUGGACGAUGAUGGCAACUUCACUGGAGAAGCCUUCCGUGGCAGUGAUCUGCUGAACGGCUUGGACGUGCAGACGGACGGCGUGAAGGCUGUUAUUGAUAUCCUCAGCAACCCGAAGGACCACUUACAGAAAGAUUCCUGGUGGCACCAUGCUCAUCAGGGCUCGCUUGUUCUCGCGACACAUGAGUUCGUGCACAAAAACCCGAUCGACUGGCGGACGAAGCAGCCUGUAAUCGUAAGAGCGACUGCUCAAUGGUUCGCGGACGUCUCGGCCAUCAAGCACCGCGCCAUGCUCGCCUUGGAAGACGUCUCAUUUAUUCCUGAAAGCGGCAAGACGAGGCUGAAGAGCUUUGUGGAAGGGAGAAGUCAGUGGUGUAUCUCGCGGCAACGAGCCUGGGGCGUGCCGAUCCCGGCGCUUUACCAUCGGGACACUGGGGAGGUGUGCAUCAGUGACGAGAGUAUCGAGCAUAUCGUUGAGACUAUGAAGCAGAAAGGCACGGAUGCUUGGUUCUCUGACCCACUUGACGACCUUGCCUGGCUUCACUCAUCUCUGACCGGAGGUCCUUGGGUCAGAGGCAAAGACACCAUGGAUGUGUGGUUCGACUCAGGCACUACUUGGACAACGCUCAACGGCCUGGCAAGAGAAGGAAUGCCGAUCAGCGAUGUCUACCUCGAAGGCACCGACCAGCACCGUGGCUGGUUCCAGAGCAGUUUGCUCACCCAUGUUGCCACUCGGGACGCCAAAGAUGGUGACCUCUCGACCGCGCCUUUCUCCACCCUUAUCACCCAUGGGUUCGCCCUUGACGCGGAUGGCAGGAAGAUGAGCAAGAGUCUCGGCAAUGUUAUCUCUCCUGACCAGAUACUCGACGGCUCACUUCUGCCUCCCAUCAAGCCGCGGAAGCAACGAGGUAAAGGCAAAAUUGCCGAUACUGCGCCUGCGAAUGACCAGACGCCGAAGUACGAUGCCAUGGGACCAGAUGCGCUACGCCUCUGGGUUGCAGGCAGCGACUACACGAGAGAUGUUAGCAUCUCCGCACCAGUGCUCCAGAGCGUACAACAGGCUUUACAGAAGUAUAGAGUCACCUUCAAGUUCCUGUUGGGUGUAUUGGCGGACUAUGACUCGCAUACCUCCACACUAGAUAAGCAUACCAGCACCCUCACCUUCGCAGACCGAGCAGUUCUCCACCAACUUGCCAAGACUGAACGCGAGGUUUGGCAGGCGAACGACAAGUACAAGUUUUACAAAGCAGUGAACGACAUCAAUGUCUUCAUCAGCGCAGACCUAUCAGCGUUCUACUUCGAAGUCAUCAAGGACGCCAUGUACGCCGGUUCGAGAGAAGUGCGGUCGCGGACGCAAGCGGUGCUCAAAACCAUCUUCGAUGGGUUGCUGAGAAUGCUUGGACCUAUCACACCGCACCUGGUCGAAGAAGUAUGGGAGCAUCGCCCGGCAGGAAUGCAGGAUCACUUGCAUCCGCUGAGACGAGUAUGGACGAGUGUAGAGCCCGCGGCUCCAGACGAUGCUGAGAAUGUGGAGAAAGGAUUGGAUAUAUUCAAAUCUCUAAGUAUGGCCGUCAAGCUUGUGCAGGAAGAUGCAAGGCAGGCCGGCAACCUGCGCAGCGGCCUUGCGUGCAGAGUUGACGUGCAUCUACCUGCGACUACGUACUCCGCGGCUCGGAACCACAUUGGACAGUGGGAGCGCAACGGUGAGCUGGCGGAUCUUCUGGUGGUCAGCCAGGCGUCUCUACACGCGGGUGCACAGUAUCCUGCUGAUCCCGAGAAAUCGUGGAAGGAUGAGCAGGAGUUCCGCAUCACUGGACAGGAAGAGCUCGGGAAGGUGGUCGUGAUGCCGCCAGAUCAUCACAAGUGUGUUCGUUGCUGGAAGUACACCGCCGCAGACGCUGAUCAGCCAUGUGGGAGGUGUCGGGAUGUCUUGGAGGAGCAAGGCCGUUCGACUCCUUGA